AUGUUGUGUGAUAUUGGUUACACUUUGAAUAUGUCACUGGAUGGGGUGACGUUAUGGUGUAACAUGGGACAUAUACUGCAUGUUUGCAUCAUCCCACAGGCUGGCCAUACACCACUGCACUGGGCCUGCCAUUACGGUCAUGGUCAUGACAAGGUGGUGGAGAUGCUGUUGAAGCACGGUGCUGAUGCUAAAGCCAAGAACAACGUCAGUCCAGUACCUCCCUCUUCCCCCCCUUUACCCCCCUAUGAUGGUGCACCUGUACCCCAUGAUGAUGAUGAUGCUGUACCUGGUGGCAAUACACCACUGCACAUGGCCUGCCGUUACGGUCAUGACAAGGUGGUGGAGAUGCUGUUGAAGCACGGUGCUGAUGCUGAAGUCAAGAACAACAGUGGACAAACACCCCUUGAUUUCGGAUGUCAACGCGGGCAUGGCGACAAGCUGGAGCCCGUAUUUGCUGCCCACGUCGCAUCGCCUUCCGCCUGGCUGCCGCCCCUGCCCAGCCCCGCACCCACCCUCGAGACCACGGCCUCUGUUGUGGUGGCGGUGGACAAGUGGCUCAAGCCGCUCCUGCCCGAGCGCACCACCACCCAUCUUCUCCCUUAUCUCGAUGCCUUUAUCACUGGGGCUGUCUCGCACCUCCCCAACCGCGGCGCGCUUGCCAACAUGAAAAAAACUAUUGAUGGGGCGCCAUUAUUCUUUUCAUCCAUGGACUGGGCUGCCUUCAAGGUGACCACCACUCAGGCACUUGUUGCGCUCGAUCAAGCACUGCAGGCGCCUGAAGCGUUGAACAGCCGCCUGAGCCAGCUGGACCCCAACUCAGACAACCUAGAAUCGGUGCUCCAAGAGCUGCAUCAGCUCACAAAGCAGUUUGACCUGCAGCCGGUUCUUCGCGAGCUACAAGCUGCGCUGGCAGCAUACCCCGCGCCGUCCACCACACCAGCGUCCACACCAGAAACACCGCCCACCGACCUGGCAGCCGCCCUGGACAAGGUUAUUGCCCUGAGCGGCGUUGGACCCGAGCUACAAGAAUUGCUCUCCUCAUCCAACUACAACCUCAAGGCCUUAAUUCUGACAUUCAUCGAUGCGCUGGUUGCCGUGGCCAGAGCGGGAACCACCGACACGAUUCAUCGUGUGGACACGCUGCGAAAAAUUGCGCACUGUCAAGAGGUUGACGCAGCGCCGCCAGCCGAAGCAUUGCCCGAGGCCUGGGAGCAGCUGUGCCAGGCUCACGAAAAGCUGAGCUUGUCCGAGCAAAAUGGUCUGGAACAAAUUGCUCUGUGGCAAGCACCCCCAGAGUACGAGCAUCAGGGCUGGUACUUGACGUUUGUUCUGCACGAGUCACAGGCUCUGGCGCAGCAGCUGCAAGACAUGAUCGGCUGGCAGACCACGACGCUGUCUGCCCUGACCUCGUGUAUUGAAUAUGCCCAUGAAAUCAUGCAGAGCAACGCGGAUCAAGUUGUAUCUGCACACGAGGAAAUGGCCAAGCUGCAGGAGCAAAUUCAGGCAACCACAGCAUUCUUGAGUUUUGCUCCAGACAAGCUACGCCCUGCCCUCGAAGAUGAUUUGCAGGAGAAAAGAAAACAUCUCGUCGCCUUGCAGCAAAAGCUUUCGGCUGAACCACAUGUGGAUCAUGUCGCGGCCCUCGCCCAGCUGCUGCAUCAACACUUUCCAGCUCUGCUAGUUUUUUUGCACCCUGAGCAGAGUGUGCUGGGGAAGCAACUCCGCACCGUUUUCGGCGCCGAUCUUCCCACUAGUCUCAUCCUGGAGGCUAUGACUGAAGUAGACCGGGGUUUGACGCUCUCCAGCCUGGGUCAGUUGUCUCUCCAAUACAACCAGAAUCACAAGGUGUACAAAGCCCGCGCCGCGCUGCCAAAUCUUCCUGAGCAAGACUUGGCUGUCAAAGAGUAUGCACUUGCUGAGCAACACAAGCAGGACCAGUGUCGUACAUUUCUGCGUGAGCUCCGCGCCAUGCGCCAGCUUGAGCACCCACACAUCAUUCCGGUCCUUGGUGCGCUCAUGGACAUGCGAGAUGGCCACCCGAGCGCCUACCUGGUGCAGCCGUGGUGUACACAGGGUGAUUUGCAGCAGUGGCUCGGCAAGGCACGCCACCUGGCCACCUCGACCGUGAUUGCAGGUUUGAUGAAUCAGCUGCGCACGGCCUUGGCCUUUAUGCAUAGCAAGGGCCUGGUGCACCGGGAUGUCAAGUUGAGCAACGUCAUGCUGGACGGCUCGGAGGACCAGCCUGUUGUGCGGCUCGGCGAUUUUGACAUUGCCAAGGCCGCAGCCGCGGCCACCAUGCUUCCCUACACGGUCACCGCUGCGUCGGGCACGGCCGGCUACGUGGCACCCGAACUGCUUUUUGGGCUGGGCCGAGUGGGGGCACGCCCGGCACAGGAUGCCUUUUCCUUUGGCUGCGUUCUCUACAACACCUACAUGUUCCCGCAAACGGUGCCACCUGCUCGUUUACCCACGGACCAGCUUGCUGACAAAUGUAAAUGGGAUGCAGGAGCUGGAGAUGCAGAUUGCUGUUUUUCGCACUUGGCGGCUGAGAUGUGCGAUUCGACGAGCGAUUUGUACAAGGAAACGCGGGCUUUUCUCGCAACGGAUCCGAAACAACGGCCAAGCCUCUUCAGCGCUGCGCAGAGUGCGCAGCAGCCUGCCCUCGCUCAAGUCGGGCCAGCCAUUGACGUUUUGCGUGACGCGCCCGACCUCACUGCAGAGGUGACUGACUUGUUGAAGCAGCUGAGCAGUGAUGGGCGAGGACCAGCAAAUGUGGCAGUGCUACGAGUCGAGCGUGUGCAGAAUCCCGUGCUGUGGGAGCGCUACAGCGCCAAGCGACGGGAAAUGUUGCACCGCAUCAAACGUCAGGAGCACAAUGAUCAGCUUCAAACGGCCACAUUGGAUGCGCUCCCAGGCUUUCCAGCCUUGCUUCGCGAUACUGCCUGUCAAGAGCGCCUGUUGCUCCACGGCAUCGGCCCAGACAGAUCAGUGCGCGACAAAAUUGUGCGCCUGGGCUUUGACUAUCGCUUUGCCGGCAGCAGCGCAGGCCACCGAUUUGGUCUUGGCGUUUACAUGGCCGACCAUCCCGGCAAGAGUCAUCAGUACGCCGGUGCUGGACCCAACGGCGAACGGAUGCUCAUCAUCACGCGAGCACUACUGGGUCAUGCCUAUGCCCAUCCAAAACCUCCUUCUGGGGCGCUGGCCCCCCCGCUGCUGCCCGAUGCGCCCAACAACGAGCGAUAUGACUCUGUUGUUGCGACGCCGCCGAGGGAAUUUCACGAGGUCAUUUUGUUUGACAAUACGCAAAUCUAUCCCGAGCUGGUUGUAUACUACACAGCCGAUUAGGAUGAACUGUGCUGGCUGCUAGUGUCAGGCUCCAGCAAAUGCGUGGAAGCACGGAUUUGACGCUAACAGCUAGGCUUCCAGCAGCUGUCUGCUGUUUGGUGGAUAUUAUAAUUUUCGAUAGCUUAUCUUCCCGAAUGCUCCCCAUGUGAAUG